CUUGACAAAAGAUACAUUUACACAUCCACGACCACAGCCGCCGCAGCCCGGACGGUGGCACCAGGCCGUGUGUAUUGUACCGUACGCUGAUUGAAUUUUAUUCCCAAACUCUCACGGCCUACGUGUCCAGCGGGAUGACGAGUUUCGAGUUCAAGUAUAGUUGGGUCGGUAAAAAUUUGGGUUUGAAUUAGGAGGUACUGGUCAUUAUAAAGGUCUUGGUCCAGGGUGAGGUUUGCCUAUUUCCUCAUCAAUGGCGGCAACGAAGUUAUGGUUUCGCUACAAUAGAUUCACCGUCCGAACUCGAACGUAUUCCACUCAAACCGUCGUCGGCUAUCAAUCGACCGGAGAGCCAACACUUUCCUCGGAUCAAUUUCUACUGGAGAAGAUUUUGUGGUCGUUAAAGCGAGGUCAGUCAAUAAACCCUAAUUUAUUUAGGCAGUUAAAUCCACAAAUUUAUGCAAAAACUCUUUACGAAUCACGCGAUGAUCUGCGUCUCGCCGAGAGAUUCAUCGAUUCAGUUGCUUUACAUUGCCCUAAUUUUAAGCAUUCCUCGUGGUCAUUGAGCGCCGCGGCGCAUGUGUUGGUGAGGUGCAAGAGAAUCUCCGAUGCACAGGCAUCGAUUCUGAGGAUGAUUAGGAGGAGCGGAUCAUCUAGGGUUGAGAUUAUUGAUGCAUUGUUAGGUACUUCUAAUUCAAAAUGUGGAUUAAAUUCAUAUGCAUUUGAAUUGCUUAUUAGAACAUAUGUUCAAGCUAGGAAGUUCAGGGAGGCUGUUGAGGCAUUCAGGCUGUUGAAAUGGAGGAACAUUGUUGUUUCGAUAAAUGCUUGUAAUAGCCUUCUCGGAGGGCUGGGUAGGAUCGGAUGGGUCGAUUUGGCGAGGGAAGUGUUUGAGGAAAUGGUGGGAGAUAGAACUGAUUUGAAUUCAUACACACUUAACAUUAUGGUGAAUGUAUUCUGUAAGGAUGGAGAUAUCGAAAGGGCUAAGGCGUUUUUAGCAGAGAUGGAGGGGAUAGGCGUCUAUGGCGACGUGGUGACGUACAACACUUUGAUCAAUGGUUAUUGCCGCGGAGGCGAUGUUGAGAAGGGAGUCGAGGUUUUGGAGGUGAUGCGGGGGAAGGAUUUGGAGCCGUGUAAUUUGACUUAUAAUUCGAUCGUAAAUGGUUUUUGUAAGAACGGGGAGUAUGAGAGGGCGAAGACGGUUGUGAGUGAUAUGGUCGGGGUUGGGGUGUUGCCGAAUACGUCGACGUACAAUAUUUUGUUAGUCGAGUGUUGUAGGAAGAGCGAUGUGGCGGAGGUCGAGCGUGUUUUGAACGAAAUGUCGCGUCGGGGACUUAGUUUCGAUUUGAUUAGCUAUAGUUCGGUUAUCAGGUUCUUUUCAAGAACCGGCGAUCUUGAUAGGAUGGUGUCGUAUUAUAAUGAUAUGCGGUCGAAAGGUUUGGUGCCGGAUAAAAUUAUUUACACUAUUUUGAUCGGCGGGUUUUGUAGGCACGGCGCGUUGCGGGAUGCGUUGAGGGUGCGCGACGAAAUGGUUGAAUCCGGGUGCCAAAUGGAUGUGGUGACGUAUAACGCGAUUUUGAAUGGUUUUUGUCAAGAAAAGAUGCUCGGCGAGGCAGAUACGCUUUUGGACGAGAUGGUGGAGAGGGGCGUAUUCCCCGAUUUUUGCACGUACACGACGCUGAUCAACGGGCAUUGCAAGAUCGGGAAUUUGGCGAAAGUGUGGAACUUGUUCGAGACGAUGGUCGAAAGGAAUUUGAGCCCGGAUAUAGCAACGUACAAUGCCGUAAUCGACGGGUUAUGCAAGGCGGGUGAAAUGGAAAGAGCUCUCGAGCUGAGGGUUGAGAUGAUGUCGAAAAGUAUACAGCCGAACUACAUCACAUACGGCGCUCUGAUAAACGGAUUCUGCAACGGCGGUCGUUUGUCUGAAGCGUUUGAUCUAUGGAACGAAAUGGCUGGAAAAGGUAUCGAAUCGAACGUUACGAUAUGCAACAUGCUCGUCAAGGGCUACUGCAGGCGAGGCGAUCCCGGGAAGGCUCGCGGGUUUCUCGAGACGAUGAAAUCGAGAGGCGCGUCCCCGGAUCGCGUCACUUACAACACACUUAUUCACGGGUACGCGAAUAUAGACGACAAAGGAUUCUUUGAUCUGGUGGAUGAGAUGGAGAAUGACGGGAUCGAACCGGAUGUGAUAACGUACAAUGUUGUGUUGGAUCGAUUUUGUCGGGACGGGAGGAUGCGAGAAGCUCGUUGCGUGUACUCGAAGAUGAUCGAUCGCGGCGUGCAGCCCGAUAGAGGUACGUUCAGGUCGAUGAUCGACGGGUACGUGUCGAAAGAUUGUAUGAAGAAGGCUUUUGAGAUCCAUGAUGAAAUGCUGCGGCGGGGGUUCGCGCCGGAUGAUAAGUUUUAGGAUUAUAAGAUGAUGCAAGAAACUGUCUCAUUGAAUGCUGACCUCAUCAAGUGUUUCAGCCAUGGCUGCACUGCACUGCAUUGCACCAGGUUUCGUAAGCUUUGUUCUUAUGUCGUGUGUUUUUUCGAGGGUUUUAAGGCUAACGUAAUAGUUGUUCAGUUUCAUGUGAAUUGCAUAUAUCCGUGGGAAGGAACUUGGCCGGUCCGGAAAUUUCGAGCCGGACCGGACCGGGGCUGGGAGAACUCGACGGGGACGGCUUCUAUAAGAGGUGAGCUUCUCUGUGUAUAUAUAUUUAUUUGAAUGUGAAUAAUGAAAAUGUGUUUAAUUUGUUAUGAAAAUUUUGAAAAUUAUUGGGUUGAAUCGAAAAUCAAUUACUGCUUCCCUCCAAUUAUGUCCUCACUUUUUUUUUUUUUUUUGGUAAAUUUGGGUUUACUCUGUACUAAGAAAGAAAAUGAGCAUAUAAUUGUCCCAUUUGGUUUA